GCGAUCUAGUACAUUUCAUCACUUUUUUUUUCUUUCUUUCUUUUUCUUACUUCAAAACAAGAGAAAAUGUUCCAAACACCACAAAGCAAUUCUCUUUUUCUUGGAGGUGAACGUACAACUGGUCAAGAUGUGAGAUCCAGUAAUGUUCUUGCUGCUGCUUCUAUUGCCAAUAUUGUGAAAAGUUCUUUAGGUCCUGUUGGUUUGGACAAAAUGAUGGUGGAUGAAAUUGGGGAUGUGACGAUCAGUAACGAUGGUGCUACUAUUCUUCAAUUAUUAGAAGUCGAACAUCCUGCUGGUAAAGUACUUGUGGAACUUGCUCAUCAACAAGAUCGUGAAGUGGGAGAUGGUACAACUUCUGUGGUGAUUAUUGCUGCUGAAUUAUUGAAACGAGCCAAUGAAUUGGUGAAAAACAAGAUUCAUCCUACCACCAUUAUUACUGGUUAUCGUUUGGCCUCUAAAGAAGCGUGCAAGUUUAUUGCUAAUGAAAUGGCUAUCAAAGUAGAUACUUUGGGUAAAGAAUGUCUGGUGAAUGCUGCUAAAACUUCCAUGAGUUCAAAAAUCAUUGGAUCUGAUUCUGAUUUCUUUGCCAAUCUUGCUGUUGAAUCUAUUUUGGCUGUCAAGUCGACUAAUAUUCGUGGUGAAACUAAAUACCCUGUCAAGGCUGUCAAUAUUUUAAAGGCACAUGGUAAAAGUGGUCGGGAAUCCGUAUUUGUUCGUGGUUAUGCUCUGAAUUGUACUGUGGCCUCUCAAGCUAUGAAGACUCGUAUCACUGGUGCUAAAAUUGCUUGUCUUGAUAUGAAUCUUCAAAAGGCUAGAAUGCAUCUUGGUGUUAAUAUUGUUGUAGAUGAUCCUGACAAACUUGAAGAUAUUCGUAAAAGAGAAAUCGAAAUCACAACUGAACGUAUUCAAAAGAUUCUUGCUACUGGCGCUAAUGUUAUUUUGACCACUAAAGGAAUUGACGAUUUAUGCUUAAAGUUAUUUGUUGAAGCUGGUGCUAUGGCUGUACGACGCUGCAAAAAGGAUGAUUUGAAACGUAUUGCCAAGGCAACUGGAGCUACUAUGUUGUCUACUUUGGCCAAUUUGGAAGGUGAAGAAACUUUUGAAGCAUCUUAUUUGGGUCAAGCUGAAGAAGUUGUACAAGAACGUAUUUCAGAUGAUGAAUGUAUUUUGAUCAAGGGUACCAAGAUUCAAAACUCUGCUUCUAUUAUUUUACGUGGUGCCAAUGAUUAUAUGUUGGAUGAAAUGGAACGCUCUUUACAUGACUCAUUGUGUGUAGUUAAACGAACUUUGGAAAGUAACAGCGUUGUGCCUGGUGGUGGAUCUGUUGAAUCAGCUUUAAGUAUAUACCUUGAAAACUUUGCUACAAGCUUGGGCUCCCGUGAACAAUUAGCCAUUGCCGAAUUUGCCAACGCUUUACUUGUGAUUCCCAAGACUCUUGCUGUUAAUGCUGCAAAAGAUUCUACUGAACUUGUAUCCAAACUUCGUGCUUACCACAAUGCUGCUUUGAAUGCCAAUGCGGAUGAUCAAAAACGUGCUUUGAAGUAUUAUGGUUUGGAAUUGAUUAAUGGUUCUCUUCGUGACAAUCUCAAAGCUGGUGUUUUGGAACCUGCCAUAUCAAAAAUCAAGUCUCUCAAAAGUGCUACUGAAGCUGCCAUUGCUAUCCUAAGAAUUGAUGAUAUGAUUAAAGUGGCGCCUCAACAACAAGCUCAAGAUGAUGGACAUGGUCAUUAAAUAUAGAUCCCCAUUUUUUUUUUAUUGUUUUCAAAUUUUAGUUUUAGUUUUAUAGUCAACUCAUCUAUCAAAUAAAAAGAAAAAUUCCUCAAUUUCACAUUUCUAUCCAAAUUUUUCUCCAAAAAAAA